CCACCCCAAAAUAACAAGCACACUUAAGCUGUUACCCGCACUCUCUCUCUCCUCUUCACUCCAUCUGUCCCCUUGGUAUUCGCCCCCUUUCUCUCUCUAAAAAGUCUCAACUCUCCCUUAAACCCCUCGCAUUCUCCUCUAUCCUUAUUCCAUUCCGUCCACUUGCAAGUUGAAACAGAAUCUCUGCUUCUUAUCUCCUCUGCAAAUCUGCUUUAAUCUUGGAACCGUACUAGAGAAAAAAGAAGUCUUAAUGGAAGGUGUUUUGGGUUUACCAGCUACUGGUGGUGGUGGUGGUGGAGGAGGAGCUUCUUCCGGAAGCUCCGGAAAUGGGUCGAUGUCGACGGUGUCGAAGGCAGAAGUGGUAGAGCAGGACUACGUGGGUAUGUUGUCUGAGGUUUCUUCCUACCCACCUGAGUCUGAGCUCGAGCUUGGGCUGGGGUUGAGCAUUGGCGGUGCGGGAAAGGUUGCUAAUAAGCCUUCUGCUUGGGGAGAGUAUGGUAGGAUCUUGACGGCUAAAGAUUUCCCUUCUAUUGUCACUCGUGGUGCAUCUGCUUCUUCUUCUUCGUCUCCUGGUACUGCGAGAGCUAAUGGUUCUGGUACCCCUGUUUCUGGUACCAAGAGAGCUGCUGAUUCUGCUCCUCAGGAUGUUGGAUCUGGUAAUGGUUCCAGUCAGGUUGUGGGAUGGCCACCUAUAAGGGCUUACAGGAUGAACAGCUUGGUUAGCCAAGUGAAGGCCUCAUCUACUGAAGAGGAAGAACGUGUGAUCACCGGUAAGAACAAAAGUAAGGAUGUCCCAGUGAAGGCUACUAACAAUUGUAACAACGAGAACAAAGGGAGUGUUCAGGAGAAAGGGCGUGUGCCCAGUUCCCUCUUUGUGAAGGUGAACAUGGAUGGUGUACCUAUUGGGAGGAAGGUGGAUCUAAAUGCUCAUAACUGCUAUGAGACCCUGGCUCAAACAUUGGAGGAGAUGUUCCACAGUCCCACCACAACCAUUAAUAUUAGAUGUUCAGGUGGAGAAAAGGAACAUGGUACAAUUGUGGAAGCAACAAAGCCCUUAAAAUUGUUGAAUGCAUCAUCUGAAUUUGUGCUUACUUAUGAAGACAAAGAGGGAGAUUGGAUGCUUGUGGGGGAUGUUCCUUGGGGCAUGUUCCUUAAUACUGUGAAGAGGCUUAGAAUCAUGAGGACUUCUGAGGCUAAUGGUCUUGCUCCAAGAUUUCAAGAAAGGAAUGAGAGACAAAGAAACAAGCCCAUCUAGUAGUGUCAUCAUUCUCCUUGGUAAAAUAAGAAGAAGAAAAUUCAAACUUACAAAGAGUGCUCAAGGAAAAGAAAAUGUAGAAACUGAAGAGUCAGAACACUUUGCCACAUACAGAUCAGUCUCACAGUGCUUGCUUGAUUGCGUUUUUGGUUGUUUUCUCACCCCAUUCUUUGGGAAUUAUAGCCUUUAUUUUGAUGUAACGCAUACACGUUUCAUUUUCACCUUUUCUCAUCACGUGCAUAGUUGAAGACUUUUUUUCAUACUGUAAAUAUGAGAGUGUUUGAUUGCUAGGAUUUUUAGUUUUGCUGCAUCCUGGAUGGACUUAGCUUUCAUUGGUGAUGAAAGGAAGUUGCUUGGUUUCUAUUGUUUUAA